AAAAAAAUAAACACACAGACUCCAAAUAAAAUCCCAUUUACCACCCACGAUCCUCUAUAUGCGGUUCAUUUUCAUCUCCCCAAAAAUUUCUCCCCAAAGCUAAACUAAUAUUUUCAUUCCAAUUCCCCAUUCCAAAAUUUACAAGUUCUCUUCAAUCCGAAAUCGUCGAUCGAGUUCCCUUCGAAAUUGGUCGAGUUAAUUUGUGAUUUUGCCAGCGUAUUCUCCGAUAUACCUAUACAACGACGACGAAAUUCAGUUGUGGAGGAUUUGGAUUACUUCUUCUUCUUAUUAAGUUGCUUUGAAAUUUGUAGUGCAUUAUUAAUUGUGAUUUGUGGCGGCGGUGGAGUUAAUGCUGUUUCGAAGCCGAAACCCACGGUGUCUUCUGUGGCGCGUUCUUUACUUCCGGCAAAACGCCAUCUUCGGCUUGAUCUUGCGAACAAUUUGUACUUUCCUUAUUUUUGUUCCCUAAGAUUCAUCAUGAUGACCAAGCGAUCAAAGAAGGGACCCAACUCCCAAGCGAACAAGCGGAAGGCUAUCACUCCUCCGGCCUUCGAGACCUACGGAAUUGUUUUUCCGGAGCAACGGUCUUGGAGUUACUAUGAGGAAUUGUCUAAGCGGAACAUCCUCCCGACAAAGUUCUAUCACAAGAAGACUGUUCAGGACUUGGGGUUCGAGAUGGAGCUAAACGCUUUGAUUGCGGGGCUCGAUCUUGAGGAUUUUGUGACCAUGAAUGCCAAGACUUAUAGGAGGGUCACUCUCGAGGUUCUUUCCUCGGCUAGGAUCAAUGAUUUCUUUACCAUCUACCCGAACCGGGGUUUGAUCGUUAAUCCGGUGGCGGAGUGUGUGGACUCCUAUGAUGAGAAUAUUUGGUGGGGAGAGCUCACGGGAGAGGAGAGGAAGUUCAUUUCCUCCUCGGCCAAGUCUUCUUCUUUUCAUCACCCUGUCGUCCGUUACUUGAACUGCAUGCUCCUAUACGCGGUCUUUGCAAAGGGGGCCACCGGAUCCUUGUCAAGUGGGGAACUUGGCGCCCUAUGGUUAGCCACGAAAAAGGAUGAGGGGAUCUUGGAUUUUGGGCAGCUGUUGAUCACCCGAAUCAUUGAGCAUCGGGACGGGCAGCCGACUAGUGGGGAUAUUCUCUUAGGAGGGAUGCUCACUCUUCUCUUGAGGGCACUCCCCGGUGAUCCCUAUCAGCACACCCUAGCUGAGUUGGAUGAGGUUCCCGGAGGGGAGUUCCUUGACUUGAGGACACUCUCCAAUGCCAAGUGGAUCAAGGCCACGAAGGACGACAAGUAUAUUUGGAUGGUAAAGCAGCGAGAUUGGUGCAUCCUCCCCAAUCCCGCCAUCACUUCUUGGACUCCUAAUGUCCGGUACUUGCUUCCCCGUGACCCGCGAUUCAUUGCCCAAGCACAGCGGCUUCCUCCUCCUCAACCCAAUCCGGAGUCUCCUCCCCAUGGUCCUCCCCAUGGUCCUCCCCGUAGUCCUCCUAUCUUGGAGCCUUCCCCUAAUGAGGGUGGUAUGUCCUCUUCCUCCUCUCCUUUUGAUUUCCAUUGCUUGCAAUCCACCCUUGCGGCUAUCUUGCAAGGACAAGCGAACCAAGCUAACACCUUGGCUUCUCUUGCUUCACAAGGAAGCCGCACGGGGGAUUCUUAUCCCGAUAUUUACUCGUCCUACUAUAGUAGGCGGGUGUACGAUUUCCAUGUUGACAAAGGGGAUUUUGCCCCCUAUGUCAACUAUCCCUAUCACCCUCCCCAACAAGGGCCCAUCCCUAGUUGGAAUGAGGAGCGUACACCCACCUAUCCGUAUUGGACGGGCCCAUCCCAACCCGGUGUCACUCCUCCCUCUUUUCCGCCUUAUGAUUAUACCAUGAUGGGCGGGAGUGACUACCGAGGUGACCCCAUGUAUCCCACUCCCCCACCGGUUGAACGGCCAGAUGGUUGGCCCGAGGAUUUCCCCGGGUGGCCUAGGGGGUACAUGGGAGGUUGGGAUGGUCCCCGAGGAGAGCCUCCCAAUGGAAACUACCCCCUUCGGCCCGAAUAUGGUUGGCCGCCUUACACCGAUGCUUCGGGGCCCGACGUGGACCCCACCUACAAUGUCACCCCUUUCACCGACGAUGCGGCUCGUGCCCAUCGCCUUGAGCGGGACGACUUUGGAGGAUUUAUAAUGCAAAGGGUAAGGCGCAUGCCCCGGGUCCUUCUUCUUAGGGUUCCCUCCGUUUCUCCCCCAUCUUGAUGUGAUGGUACGCUUGCGAUUAGCUUGGGGGAGAAUUGCGGAGUGGGGGUUUUGCUUGGGAUCUUUUGCAGCUUGUUGGUGUUGUUGGUCUUCUUGCCACUUCAUGUGGUUGUAUAUAUGAUGAUGAUGAGUCUUUGAUGAUGUUUUUGGUGUAUUUUGGCCAUUUGGCCCUUGUCUCCUAACAAUUUUUCUUGCUUGUUUUUAGCAUUGUUUUGGUAUGAUUCUUUGCGGUGGGUUCUCACUUUCCACCUUGUGCCUUGUCCGUCCAUUUUUGGUGAGUUUGUUCGGGUUUUAACGGUUCUUUGCGGGACUUGCUCCCACGAUACUUCCGGUAACAUCCUUCCAACUCUUAUGCAUUCUUUUGGGGGCGGGCAUACAUCAUGUUGGGGCAUUUGGUUGGAUGGGUAGUUGUGCCCCUCCUUGCUUAGUUUUAGGCCUUUAGGACAUGGCCUAAUUCUAGCUUGGGGGGAGUUUUGUUUGUGGAUGCCUACUUGUUGAUGCUCAUUGCUUUGAAAUCAUACCAUUACAUGCUUGUUUCUUUGUUUUUAGUUUGAUUUAGCUUGAUUUUUAGUUUCUCUUCUUUUCUUUGUGUUUGUUUCUUUUUGUUUCCUUUUUGGUGUGUUUUCUUAUUUUCUUCCUUUUCUUUUUGUUUUGAUUUCUUUUUCGUCAAGGCAAGUUUUCUAGGUUUUCUUAGGCAAUAUUCUUGAUUGGGGCAUAUAAAAUUGGAACUUGUAGAUUAGAAUGCUUUUAUUCCUAGUUGGUAGAUUUUUACACGGUUCUUAAUGUCUUGGGUCGAGUCUAGGAUUUGGUGUCAAGAAAGUUGGUUGAACUUUGGGUAGCAUGCGUCAUGAACUCUUGGCUUGUGGUAAGAUGGUGUUGAAUUCUCUAGUGAUUUGAAGCCGGAGAGAAUGGUAUUUGCUCCCUUGUGAGAUUCAUGUUCAAAAAUAAGCCCAAACACAUAUAUUCAUUGAGUGGCAUGGAUCCUUAGCAUUGACUUUCUUGUCUCCCGAGUUUGACCAUUUCCUUCCCGAGACCGCGACCGAACUACUUUAGGGGACGAUAGAGGCAUUUCUUUCGGUGACUAUUUUUCAUUUUAGUUUAGAACUUUAUUUUCUAUUUUUCUCAUAUGUUUUUGUUUGCACUUGCCCCAUUGCUAGCCAUUUGAGCCUUGACCCUUCAUUUCUUAUGAGCACAAUACAAGCCUAAUAGCCUUUGUUUUGUUUUCACGCUUAGAAGUGAUAGUGAAGCUUUGAGUUAUGAUGCUUGAUGUUUUGGAUUGAAUAUGCAAAGUUGAGGAAUGAAUGUUGUUUGGUGUGAAUGACAAAGUUUUGGAAGAAUGUUGUACAUAGUGAAUAAUUGAUGCAAAAAGCAAAAAAAUAUAGAAUUAAAUUUUGAAAAAGCCAAAAAUAGAGAAAAACAAGGCAUGAAAAGUUUCAUUUGAAACGCAAAAAGAGGAAAAUCAAAUCAAGAAAAAAAUGCAAAAAGAGUUGUAGUUUAGAAUUGUUGUUGAAUAAGCUUGGGGGUGCCCAAAUAAGUGGAAAAGUUUGUUUUGGGUUGAUUAUGCUUGAGUUGAGUUCUCAUUGCGCUUCACUUUAGGUAUGAGCACCAAAUUUCCAAAUUUAUUCCACACCUUACCCCUAGCCCACGUUACGCCCUAAAAUCCCUCUUGACCCUUUAGAGUUGAGUCAUUGUCGGUGGAGGGAGGAUUUGAUCAAGCUUAAAGAACAAGGUUGUCAUACUAAGAUGUCGGGUAGCCUAAUAUCGAUUUUCGGGCGCCUUCGCGGUGUCUUGAGACGCUAUUCUCAAAGGUGAAUAAGAUCUAGAGUUUUGACGUGGUAUGCCCAGAUGUAGGGGGAUUGACUAGUGUUUGCCCUUAGUUCGCUUUGCUUGAUGCUCGAAUCUUUCACUCGAUUUAGGACAUUAGUUAGUGUGUACUCAUUUAUUUGAUUAGUAAUAUUAGUGUUCUUCUAUACUUGUUCCGUAAUAAAGCCCCCAUCUUGGAUUUUGUAGUUUAAUUUCUUUUCUUCUCUUUUCUUUUCUUCUUUUCUUUCUUUCGUUUCUUGAUUUGCGUUUUCCAUUUUUAGUCUUGCCUUGAUUAGAUCUGCUAGAUUUCGAUUUUGGUAAAUUUUUUGAACUUGAUAGGUUACUCAUUCAUCCCUAGUUGAGUUUUGUUUGCUAGAGAUUAGCAAACGUUUAGCUUGGGAGAGUUUGAUGAGCGGCAUUUAUGUCGCUCUAGGCUAGGAUUUUAUAGAGUUUUAUUAUGCUUUUUUGAUAGUUUUAUAUAGUUUUUCUGCAUUUUUAUUCCCUUUUUCCAUCUUUGAGCUUUUCAGGUAAUAAUGUUGAAAAUGAUGGAAAAUAGCUGAGAUUUGCUCGAGCAGGUCCAGUGCGAUCGCACGGAAUUUACGUGCGCUCGCACGGGUCUACAAAGUUGGCUCCAAAGUCAAGGCAGUGUGUGCGCUCGUGCCCCAAAUGUGUGUGUUCGCACGAAUCCGCAAAAAGGAGGCAGGAACUCCAAGGCAAUGGGUGCGCUCGUGCCCCAAAUGUGUGUGUUCGCACGAAUCCGCAAAAAGGAGGUAGGAACUCCAAGGGAUGUAGCCCGUUCGCACCGCAGAAGCGUGCGCUCGCACGGAAUUUCCGUGUGCUCGCACCGAUUUCUUGUGCGAGCACAUGAGGAUUCUCUGAGAAUUAGCAAAGUUACAGCCGUGCGAUCGCACGGUUGUUGGGCACGUUCGCACGGCACGAAGGAGAAGAAUCGUCGCAGGGCCCGUUCGCAUAGAUGCACAGCACGAUCGCACCGAUGCGAUCGCACCUGGGUCUGCCCGUUCGCACGGCUGCGCGGGAUUCAGUUUUCGAUUUUAAAUCUCUUUUUUUUGGGGUUUAGUAUAAAUAGGAUUUUGAUUAUUUUCAAUUUACGCUUUCAUUUUCAGAAAUACAUUUUAGAGGUUUUGUGAUUUUGUUCUUCAAUCUAGAGAGAGAAACUCUUUAAUUCCAAGCAUCAAUUCAGUAAUUUUCUUCAACUCUUCUCUUCUUAAUGAAAUUGAAUUCUUAG